AUGUAAAUUACAUAAAAUUCACAUUCUCCACCACCUGCAAAAAAAUAGCAUCUCAAAUUGCAUGUUUAACCUAUUCAAUUACCAGAUGCAAAUGUAUUGAAUAAAACAGUAGGCAAUUCAGAUCCAGAAAUUGGUAGUAAAUCAAUUAAAACUGAAAGAGUCACUGCAUUCAAGCAAAAUAAAAAGUUUCACAUUAAGUAAGUUUAACACAACACUCAUAACAGAUUAUAAACAAAUCAUCCGCGGCUUAUGCAAUAAGAAAAUGACGGUUUAUCUUUGAUAUUGUAUAAAUAAUCUUAGACAUCAACAUCAGAGAAAAUUAUCACAAGUAUCAUCAUCUUAUUUAGAUAAUAGAAUAAUUAGUCAAUGAUUUGAGAAAUAAAAUAGAUUAACAGGACUCUGUUAUCAGAUUAUAAGAGUUCAAAAUUAAUAGAUUACAAUAGGAACUUAUAUCACAAAAAUAAUAUUGCUCAAAUUUAUUAGCUAAAAUAUAUUAAAAUGAUCCUAAAAGUUAAUAUAUUAGUACAGUUAAGGUUCCUAAAUUAGGUCUUCAAUUUCAAGAAAACACAUAAUUAAGUUCAUAAUAAUAAUCUUUGUUAAAGAUAUCAAAUAAUCAUGAAUAUACAAAAAUUAAGAAUCUACAAAACUAAAUUAUAUUAUUAAAAUAAAAAUAGAGUGAAUUCAAAAAUUUCGUUAAAGAUACUUUUUUAUCUAUUAAAAAGAUAAUUUAAUCUUUUGAAAUAUUAUCAAAAGAAAAAAUUUAAAGUGUUUAAAUGGAAAAUAAAUUAAUAUUGAAUUCUCUUGAAGAAAUGAUCAAAAAUAACAAUAUGUAAUUAAAUAUUUAUUAAAAUAGUUAAAAUAAAGAAGAACUAAGUAAAAUUAAUUAAAAAGCUGAAAUCAUUUGUUAAGAAUUAGUUCUUGCUGAAUCAUAAAAGGAGGUCUACUAUUAAAAAUGUCUUUCAUUAUUAAGUUGA